GUCCGGGCUGCUCGCAGCCCCGCACCGCCCGUUCCGUGCUGGGGGAAAGCCAUCGCGGCGGACCGGAGGCACCAUGGGGCCGGCGGGAGGUCGGCACGGCUUUUACGUGGGGCUGGGGUUGGCUUUGGCUUCCAGCGUCUUCAUCGGGGGCAGCUUUAUCCUGAAGAAGAAGGGGCUGCUCCGCCUGUGCGGCCGCGGUCGUCCCAGGGCAGGGCACGGAGGGCACGCGUACCUGCGGGAGUGGCUGUGGUGGGCAGGGCUGCUGUGCAUGGGAAUUGGAGAAGCAGCAAAUUUUGCUGCCUAUGCCUUUGCCCCUGCAACGCUGGUAACUCCGCUGGGUGCUCUGAGUGUCCUCGUUAGUGCGGUUCUGUCUUCCACCUUCCUGAAUGAGCAGCUGACUGUUCAUGGCAAGAUUGGCUGUGUCCUAAGCAUCCUGGGCUCCACGGUGAUGGUAAUCCACGCUCCUCAGGAAGAAGAGGUUUCCAGCCUGGAGUCGAUGGCAGAGAAGCUGAAAGAUCCAGGAUUCAUUGUGUUUGCUGUGUGCGUCCUGGUGAGCUCCCUCCUGCUCAUCUUUGUGGCUGGACCCCGUUACGGACGGAGCAACGUCUUGGUUUAUGUUUUGGUCUGCUCUGCCAUCGGCUCACUUUCUGUAUCGUGUGUCAAAGGCUUGGGGAUUGCCCUGAAAGAGCUGUUUGCUGGGAAGCCAGUCCUGAAAGAACCGCUGGGCUGGGUGCUUCUGGUGUGCCUGGUGAUCUGCAUCAGCGUGCAGAUCAACUACCUGAACAAAGCCCUGGAUAUCUUCAACACAUCCGUGGUCACUCCCAUUUACUAUGUGCUGUUCACCACCUCAGUCAUGACAUGUUCCGCCAUCCUCUUCAAGGAGUGGCAACACAUGGUGCUAGACAACAUCAUUGGCACCAUCAGCGGCUUCCUCACCAUCGUGUCCGGCAUCUUCCUCCUUCACGCCUUCAGGGACGUGCCCUUCAGCCCAGACCUCCUGCCCCUCUUCCUGCAGCAAGGCAGGACAGACCUGCGCACGGCAUGGAGGGGCACGGACAGACAUCAGUCGUGUCAGCACCAGCCUCUUCUGCCCUCCGAGGACAAAAGCUCUCAGAGCACAGAAGAGGAGGAAGGUGAAAGUGUAUGAGGGAGCUUCUGAAGUGCUGUCAGCUCCAGCCAGCGAGCAGCUCCACAAGGUGCAAGGUUGAACGUGCUGCAUUGGAUGCUGCUAAGUACUUCGGUGUGUGCAGAGCUAGCAGUUGCUUUCUGCCUGCCUUAGGUGUGUGAUCAGUGUGACCUCCCACCGUCUGGGAGCUGGCAGGGACUGCAUCCUUCCUGUAACAUCCUUCAUUGUUACAGACACAAGUGCUGAGAACUUCCCUGCUGCCAGGACCCAGUGCCUCUUCAGCUUUCGUGAGGGAUUGAUCUGCCCUUGCCAGGAUCUGCUUGGCUGCACAGAGGCCUGCAGCACUAACACGGUGCUAAUAACCCUUACUGAAGACAAGGGCUGAGGAAGCCUCCGAGCAUUUUUUUUUAAGAAUACUUAUUUUGUCACUGUUAAUCUUCUAACGUGGUGCUGAUAUGAUGUGGAUAGAAGACAAGUGCCUGCCCUUAAGGAUGACAUACCCAGAGUGGUACUUCAAAAAUUCUUCCGUAAACUGCUGGUUCGGCUCACUGUUAGAAUUUAUUUACAGGUUCACAUCCAAGAGAAGAAUACAGCCAAGACUGGAGAACUUCAGUGGUGCUGCCCUGUGAUGUUCUGGCUCUUACAGAGGGGAUCAUGCAGCAUCUGUUCUGCAGGCUGAUGAUGCACCUGCAUACAGCAUUAAAGCCAGCAGUGUUCAGUUA